GAUGAUCUUGUUUUGCUUGCAAUUAUUGGCAUAAAGGACCCAUGUCGUCCAGGUGUGAGAGAUGCUGUUCGACUGUGCCAAAAUGCUGGUGUUAAGGUUCGUAUGGUAACUGGUGACAAUCCUCAAACUGCAAAAGCAAUUGCUUUGGAAUGUGGGAUACUGAAUUCAGAAGAAGAUGCUGUGGAGCCUAAUGUUAUUGAAGGAAGAGUGUUUCGUGAAUAUACAGAUCCAGAAAGAGAAGAAAUCGCAGAGAAGAUCUCAGUGAUGGGGAGGUCUUCUCCGAAUGACAAGCUUUUGCUUGUGCAAGCAUUGAAAAGGAGGGGACAUGUUGUUGCUGUAACUGGAGAUGGAACAAAUGAUGCUCCUGCAUUACAUGAGGCAGACAUUGGUCUCUCAAUGGGUAUUCAAGGCACAGAAGUUGCUAAAGAGAGCUCAGAUAUCAUAAUUUUGGAUGACAAUUUUGCUUCAGUCGUGAAGGUUGUCCGUUGGGGUAGAUCUGUAUAUGCAAAUAUCCAGAAAUUUAUUCAGUUUCAGCUCACAGUUAAUGUUGCAGCUCUCAUUAUAAAUGUUGUGUCUGCAAUGUCUUCUGGUGAAGUCCCAUUAAAUGCAGUGCAGCUCCUUUGGGUUAAUCUUAUCAUGGAUACUCUUGGAGCACUGGCACUGGCUACUGAGCCUCCAACAGAUCACCUGAUGAAUAGAUCUCCAGUUGGUCGCCGGGAACCACUAAUAACAAAUAUCAUGUGGAGGAACCUGCUGAUACAGGCAGCAUAUCAAGUGACCGUGCUGCUUGUCCUUAAUUUUCGAGGAGAGAGUUUACUAGGUUUGGAGCAUGAGACCCCUCAGCAUGCGAUCGAAGUGAAGAAUACCUUGAUAUUCAAUGCAUUUGUGCUCUGUCAGAUCUUCAACGAAUUUAAUGCCCGGAAACCAGAUGAAAUCAAUAUUUUCAAAGGGAUUUCAAAAAACCACCUAUUCAUUGGUAUAAUUGGAAUAACACUUGUACUCCAGGUAAUCAUAGUUGAGUUCGUUGGAAAGUUUACUUCUACCGUCAAGCUUAAUUGGAAACAGUGGCUGAUUUCAGUUAUUAUUGGUUUUAUCGGCUGGCCGCUUGCUGCUCUCGCUAAACUGAUACCUGUUCCGCAAACUCCUUUGCACAAGUUCUUUACAAAGAUGUGCAAUCGACGUGCCAAGUCUUCCAAGUCAUCAGUAGAGGUCACUAACAAUUCACAGCACAAACAACGACCUGCAUAAUGUAAAUUUACUAGCUUGUCAGCACUCUCUCCAUUUUUGCUUCGUAGGAUGAUACAGAUCUACACUGAUGGCGACAUGCUUGUGAAUAAAUGCUAUCACCGGUGUUUUUUGUUUUUUUUUUUCACUGAUCGCUUCAUGCUUCAGUUCUUAUUAGCGAGGGUUGUUUAGGGGAAAAACCGGUGCCUUUAUUUUUGCUUGGUAAAUAUUUUUCCACAUAGAUUGUGUUUACAUGUAUGAAAUGUGUGGGGAAUCAAAUGCGGUGAGGACACUUGGAUCUGAAACACGGUUUUACAGUUAUACCCAUGUUUGGCUGUAGUAAAAUAGGGGAUAGCCCAAUAUUUUAUU